AUGCAGGUCUCGGGUUCUCGCGCAGGGGAGUGGAUGGUUGGUUUUCCGUGUGCUGUGUGUGUUGAUGCUGUGUAUUCAGCUAGGGAGACGCUGUAUUCGCACUCAAAAAUACCACACUCUGACUUGACUACUCGGUAUGUAUGCGUUAUUAACGGAGCACUGCGCUGGCUCGUUUUUAUUCUUUUGAGCGAAACGAAAAGGGGCGAAGGUCUUCCGAAGGGGACGAUCGGUGGGCUCCCGUUCGCAGAUCAUCAUGGAUCCGGCACUGCUCAGAGAAAGGGAUGCAUUCAAGAAACGAGCCAUGGCCACGCCUGUGGUCGAGGCUCGGAAGAAAGAGCGAGACGCGCCUUCGAGUAACGCGGCGUCGCAGCCCAAGAAGAAGGCGAAGCCUCCCAAGCAGAAAGACAGCUCGUACAACUACAAGACCACCUCCGGAAGCUCGCAGUAUAACUUCAGCGUGUUGGCAAAGAUCGUCAAGCACAUGAAGCAAAGGCACUUGGAAGGGGACACGCAUCCCCUCAGUCUGGACGAGAUCCUGGAUGAGACGAAUCAACUUGACAUCGGGGCGAGGCAGAGGCACUGGCUUUCCACGGAGGCCCUUCAGAACAACCCCAAGCUCCAGGUGACGCCGGACAACAAGUACUGCUUCCGGCCCGCCUACAACCUGAAGGACCGCAAAAGCCUGCUGCGGCUGUUGGACAAACACGACCAGCGGGGCAUGGGCGGGGUGCUGCUGGAGGACAUUCAGGAGUCUCUGCCCAACGUUGAGCGCCACUUGAAGGCCCUCGGGGACGCCAUCAUCUAUGUCGUCCGCCCCGUAGACAAGAAAAAGGUUCUCUUCUACAACGACAAGUCCCUCCAGUUCACCGUCGACGAGGAGUUCCAGAAGCUCUGGAGGAGUGUCGCUGUCGAGGGCAUUGAUGACCAGAAGAUUGAGGAGUACCUACAGAAGCAGGGCAUCAAUUCUAUGCAGGACAUGGGCGUCAAGAAAGUGAACUCUGCCCAGAAGCGAAAGAAACCGUCAUCCAAGAAGGCCAAGACGUUCAAGAAACACAACGACCACAUGGGUGACAUUUUAGAAGACUACACUGACAAAUGAAGUUUCCGACAAUAUGUAAAUAAAAUGUUAUGUAUAUGUUUACCUAUAAAGAAGAAAAGCCA